AAAUGAAGACCGGCAAUGCCGUUCUGAUCCUGGCUGCCUUUGUGUUCAACGUCAUUCCUGACACGGAGCAGACAAAUUGGACCUACGUUUACUAUCCAAACGGAACGAAAGAGGAUGUGGACCUAACAACAGAGCCGGAAGACUUGAACCACACGGAAACCGGAUUGGACUCCGAUGUAAAGUUCUAUCUUUAUACCGAAUACAAUCAGUCGACGCCGGCGGAAUUACUCGUGAAUAACAGCGACAGUCUUUCCUCGAGUAAUUUCAACGCUAGUAACCCAACGAUUUUGAUAAUCCACGGAUGGCAAAACACUUUUGAAAGCGACGGUUCCACAACGGUUCGAGACGGCUACCUCGAGAUCACAGGCUACAACGUGAUCGUCGUCGACUGGAGCAUCUACUCCGGCAAAAGUUACGUCACCGCCCGUAAAAACAUCGUCAGUGUUGGUAAAUUUAUAGCAGAGAUGAUCGACUACCUUGAGGAAGAGGCAUCCUUGGAUACGAGUGCACUGACCGUCGUUGGACACAGUCUUGGAGCUCAUAUCGGCGGUGAAGCCUGCCGAUCGGCAACUUCCAAAGUCGCAAAUCUCGUUGGCCUCGACCCGGCCGGUCCUCUGUUCUACUUCGUUGGCACCGAAGCAAGGAUGACUUCGGACGACGCCGACUUCGUCGAAGUGAUUCACACCAGCGCCGGGCGUCUUGGUUUCAACGGAAAUCUGGGCGACGUUGAUUAUUGGCCAAACGGUGGACUGAAGCAACGCGGCUGUGGCAACGACGUCUUAGCCACUUGUGCUCACAGUCGGGCUUACUUGUACUACACCGAGUCGCUUAAGAAGAAUAAAUUCGUGGCCAGAAAGUGCCACAGCUACUUGUGGUACAGAUUAGGCCUCUGCGGCUCAAAGAGCAAGAGCACAAUGGGCGGAAAGGUACUCUCCACCAGUGCGAGCGGCAAGUACUUCCUGAAGACAAACAAGAAUUCUCCAUUCCACAGAGGCUGA